AUUCAAACAAUGACAAGAUGGACGGAUGAAGAAUAUUAUGAAAUCAGUCUAGCACACACCUUAGUGUUGAAGACAGAGAUGGGUAAAAAAGGAAGAGAGGGAGAGAGAGAGAGCUGGCGACAAAGAGGAGAAAUGUGAUGCUCGACGUGUGGAGAGAUAAUAACGAUAAAUUAAAUUUCUCCCUGUUUAUACGGGGCCUAGCGUGUUCGUAGUCGAGUACGUCCAACAUUUUUAUAAUUUAAGACAGAAACGGAACCUAUGUAACUAUUUAGAAUCAUGAAAACAAACAAAGCUAGGAAGCUAAUAGUAAUAAUUUUGCAUUAGCUUUAUUUAACAGCAAACAAAUACAGAUGUGUACUUGCCUAAUAGAUCAAUACUACAAUUAACCUUGUCUUCCUUCAAACCACGCCACUCUCCUCUCUGUCCUCACUUAAAUUCCCUCCUUUUUCCACCUGGCUGCCUAUAUACACCACUUAUACUAUUUUAAUUCACCCAAACCCAUUCUCAUCGAUCCUCCCUCCUCCACCCACCAGAAAACAACCAUGUCUGUAGAUCUAGACCUCCGGCAAGUUUCGCCGGGAACUCAAGAAUUGCGGCGAGUCUUGUCGGAAUCUCCAAAAUUCAGGCAAGUCUCGCCGGGAACUCAAGAAUCCCGGUCAGGAUCACCGGUAACCAAAGAAAUCGGCCAAGUCUCGCCGAUCAACCCAGAAUCCGAUCAAGAAAACAGAGAUCCCAGAGUAAACGUUUAUUUGUCAGCAACGAUUCGGCCGGAAGAUCGCAGGUGCAACAGUAAAAUCGGUGAUCAUCAAGAAGAAAAAGCCUGUUUGACGCCGAAUUCUCCCCGGAGUUUGAUCCCGAAAACGGGCAAUUGCCCGCCGGCGCCGAAGAAGCCAGUGAUCAGGGCGGCGCCUUCUUGCAAAAGAAAGCUCAUUUUUUUCGAGAUCGACCGGAAAGAAGAAAUUCAAUCUUUUUUCCGGCUUGUUCAUCACCAUCACCAUCCCAAUCCUGAUUCUCCCACCAAGAGAAGCCGUAAAUUAGAGAACUGAAAAUAAAAACAUCAAAUUUCCAAUUCCCAGUUUUCCACUAUUAGUAUUUCUUCCUUUUUUUAUCUGGCUCUGUUUUGAAUAUAGGGAGUGUAAUAUCAUCAUAAUCAUGUAUGUAAGGGUGUAUUUAUUUUAAUUUUUAUUACAACUUUCAAUAAAUAUAUGAAUGAAUUAUUUGAGCUUGCC